UACAAGCAGUGGAUGAGCGCCCUGCAGAUGACCAGCAGGCAGGAGAAGCUGGCGGCACUGAAAGAAGUGGCCAGCAAGUUGCCCCAAGCCAACCUCCUCCUCCUCAAACACCUGCUGUCCCUGCUGCAAGACAUCAGCAGGAACGAGGCCACCAGCAAGAUGACAGCCCACAACCUGGCCAUCUGCAUGGGGCCAAACCUCCUCAGCCCACCCAAGGAGCACACGCUGCCCCUGGACAGGCUGGUCCAGGUGACGCAGAAGGUGACGCAGCUGGUGGAGUUCCUCAUCGACCACCAUGGGGAACUCUUUGAGGAGCAGGAGGCUGGCCUUGCUGGGGCAUCGGGUGAGGAGUCGCCAGCACGACGGGCAGAAGAAACAGCAGAGGUGCCUCCAGUGGUGCCAGAAAGCUGACCCCAGCAGAGCUCGUCC